UUUUUUUCUUUUUUAAUUAUUUAAAACUAGCAUGCCUACCGUAAAUAUUGACAAAUUGGCUCUUUUUGAAGCCCUUGAGAAGGACUACACCUCUCAAGAGUUCUUUGAACUUUGUUUCCGUUUCGGUAUUGAGCUUGAAGAAGAUACUUCAGAGAGAGAGAUGGCCGAGAAAGGUUCCAACAAGGCCGCUGAGCAUUUGUCUGAACGUGCCCUUUUAAAGAUUGACAUUCCCGCCAACAGAUACGAUUUGUUAUGUCAAGAAGGUCUUGCUCGUGCUCUUCGUGUUUUCGAAAACAAGGCUAAACCUCCUGUCUACAAGGUUGUCCCUCCUGCCACUGGCAAACCUCACCAAAUCUUUGUUAAAGAAUCCACUCAAGUGAUUCGUCCUUACAUUGUGGGUGCUGUCUUACGUAACAUUACCUUCACCCCCGAGAAUUAUGCUUCCUUCAUUGACCUUCAAGAUAAGCUUCACAACAAUAUCUGCCGUAAGAGAACUCUCGCCUCGAUGGGUACACAUGAUUUAGAUACGAUUGAAGGGCCCUUUUCUUAUGAAGCAUUACCUCAUAAGGAUAUUAAAUUUGUGCCCUUGAACAAGGAUGUUGCAGUUGAUGGUGAUGAAUUAAUGGAAUUAUAUGCCGAGGAUAAACAUCUUGGCAAGUUCCUUUCCAUCAUUCGUGAUUCUCCUGUUUAUCCCGUUGUUUUUGAUGCUAAGCGCACUGUCUGCUCUUUGCCUCCCAUCAUCAACUCAGAUCAUUCCAAGAUCACCCUCAACACAAAGAACGUCUUGAUUGAAAUCACUGCUACUGAUGAACACAAGGCCAGUACCGUCUUAAACACCUUGGUUUCCAUGUUUUCCGAAUACUGUGCUGAACCUUUCACUGUCGAGCCUGUUGAAAUCACCUACCCCGAUAACACUGUCAAGGUCUAUCCUCAAUUGCAACCACGUCAAUCUAAAGCCAAGAUCGAUUAUAUCAACUCUUGUACCGGUCUUGAUCUUCCUGGAGAUGAAAUUUGCCGUCUUUUGAACAGAAUGUCCUUGGAUGCUUCUUUAAAUACAGAGGAUAAGAAUGAGGUUCUUGUUAAUGUCCCUCCUACUCGUUGGGAUAUUCUUCAUGCUUGUGAUAUUAUGGAGGAUGUUGCUAUUUCUUAUGGUUAUGAUAACUUGCCCAAGAAAAUGCCCAACGUCAACACUUUUGCUUCUGCCUUGCCUUUAAACAAAUUGAGUGAUCAUAUCCGUAGAGAGACUGCCAUGUCUGGUUUCACUGAAGUUGCUCCCUUAGUCUUGUGCUCUCAUGAUGAGAACUUCAAGUUCCUUAACCGCGUCGAUGAUGGAAAGACCGCUAUUCAACUCGCCAACCCAAAGACCAUUGAAUACCAAGUUGUCCGUACUUCUCUUUUACCCGGUAUUCUCAAGACCUUAAACUCCAACAAAAAGUUGGCUUUACCCAUCAAGGUUUUUGAAGUUGCUGAUGUUGGUUUCAAGGAUGAGACUCGUGAACGUAGAGCUAGAAACGAGAAGCAUCUUUGUGCCACCUAUACAUCCAAGACCUCUGGUUUCGAGGUUAUUCAUGGUCUUUUAGAUCGUAUGAUGACCAUCCUCAGUACCAGCAGAAUCAACAAGGCCGAUACCGGUAAAUUAGGUUAUUGGAUUGAAGAGGCUGCUGAUGCCACUUAUUUCCCUGGUCGUUCUGCUUUGAUUUUCUUGAGAUAUAUCAACCCUGAAGGUGUCCGUACCACUUCUCAAAUCGGUUCUUUCGGUGUGCUCCAUCCUCUUGUUCUCGAAAACUUUGAAUUGUCCAACCCUACCACUGCUAUCGAAUUCAAUUUGGAACCUUUUGUUUAAAUAAUAAUAAUUCUUUAUCACUAUAUAUGUAUAAAAAAAAGACAGAUAUAUUUAAUAUUUGAUACGGUAGCUGA